ACCGAGCGUCGCAAAGAUGCAAGAUGGCGACAGCAAUGACAGGACGUGGUAUGAGAAAUGAUCACAGUCUACGUGAAAAAUCUCGUUUAACUUGACAUUUACUGUUUGCAUUAUCGAUAUUAAACGGUUUUUGCGUUUAUUUUCAGGUAUGGCUUUUAUUAGGAAUGUUUCCGGGACUUUAAUCUCACGGUAAGUUCAUUAAUUCACGUUGUCACCGCGCAGAAGGACACAUUUCUGUUAAAACUAGUUCGAUUCACGAAAUGCGACAAAAAUACAAAUGUUGAGGAAUUAAAGUAGCUGUUUAAUUCGUUUUAUACACUCGUAUGAAAUAACACAAAGCUGUGCUUGAAUAAAAUCCUCAUUAAAGGGACAGUAAGUGACCCGAAUCAUAGGUGAGUUCAGUUAAACUCGGAGUAUUUGCAUCUUUACUUACAGCUGUCGUCAAAAGUUUACAUACACUUAUAAAGAACAUAAUGUCAUGGCUCUCUUGAGUUUCCUGUUCUUUCUACAACUCAGAUUUUUCUCUGAUAGAGUGAUGUGAACAGAUACUUCUUAGUCAUAAAAAACAUUCAUGAAGUUUGGUUCUUUGAUGACUUUAUUAUGGGUUAACAGAAAAAUUGAUCAAAUCUGCUGGGUCAAAAAUAUAUAUAUUGACUUAGAAAGUUGUGUCAAUGAAAUGAACUUCAUAGCAUGGUCUCUUAACUUCUUGUGAGUGAUUGUGAGUGACUACAGCUCGGGUCAUCAUAACCCAAGGAUUGAAAUUUGAUUAAUUGCCCAGACCUGUCACAUGGCACGAUGGGUGAGUGGAUAGGAAAAAUGAAUUGGACCCAGCACAUAUCUCUGAGGCACACCACUGGACAGAGUAGCUGUCUUAGAAAUGAGCGAAACUUUAUUUAACCAGAGAAAACCUCAUUGAGAUGAAAAAUCUCACUUGCAAGAGUGUCCUGGUGCCAAGACAGGCAGCAGUUCAUUCACAAAGCUACAGACAUAAACAACCAGCUAAGUCGAAGUCACAGAGCAGAACAGUAUUAGUCAAAGCACUUACAGCCUGCUUCAUCUUCCUCUAAGACUUUUAAUCUACAUUUAAACAAAAAAAAACUUAAAGAGACCAGCUCUCCAAGACACAAUUUUUCUCAGCAGAUUCCAGUCAGCAGGAGCAGCAGAUCUAAACCUUCUUUACCCAUUUCAAGAUGAACUUUGGGGACAGAUAGCAAAAGUAGAUUUUGUGCCUGAGUCACAGAAUGAAGGCUUAAGAUUCCUGAACUUUUAACAUGAAUACAAUUACACAAGUAUAGCCUUCUUAAUCAGGAUGUGUCAGUGGUUCAGUCUACGCACAGUUAGAGAGGGCCACCCAACUUUCUCAUACAGGGUACAAUGAUGAGUUAAAGCCUUGAGGUUUGUUAUGAACCUUAGAGAAAUGUAAAGUGGAGCACAGUGUCAGGUAUGAGGAGGGACUUGCUGUGGUUUACCUGUACCUGAAGCUUUGCAUAUCUGAGCUGGUGUGGAGGACACAUGUAAAUAAACGUCUUUAAUGUCCCUCCAGGUUACAGGUCCUGGGUGGUGGUCCUCAGCAGCUCUCAUGUCUUCACACCAGCAGCUCACUGAGCUCAGCUAAAUGGGAGAAGAAGAACCGGAUGAUGUUUCCUCCUCAGCUGCCAGAUGAACCUCGCAGACCAGCCGUGAGUCUUUGGCCUUUUUUAUCUUGUAUUUGAACAUGUGAUUCAAAGAGUCAGGAUGUCCCUGUUAGAUCACAUAUUUAUCUUCUUCCCUCCCUCUUCUGUAGGAGGUUUACCACUGCAGGAGGCAGAUCAAAUACAGCAAAGACAAGAUGUGGUACCUGGCUAAAAUGGUGAGACCUAAAUAUGAGCGGCUAAUCUGAGGCUUAUAUCACACAGAUGAUUAACAAAUGAGGUUGCUCCAUCUCACUGUUUCUGUUUUUCCUUCACAGAUCCGAGGGAUGAGCAUCGAUCAGGCAAUCGCACAGCUGGAGUUUAACGACAAGAAAGGAGCAAAGAUCAUGAAAGAGGUUUGUAACAGCGGGACAGACGUUUCCCUUUUCCUUUUCUCUUCAUCAGGGUUGCUGUGUGUUCAUUUUUAGUUUGGCAUUUUCCCUCAUCAUGUCUCUUCAAACCCUUUUUCUGGAGGUGACGGCUCUUUAUUUGUCUGUUUGUUCAGGUUCUUCUAGAAGCUCAGGAGAUGGCGGUCAGAAGUCACAACGUAGAGUACAAAUCCAACCUGUAUUUAGGUAAAUUUUAACUCUUUACCUACUACCUUACUUACUGUGGACACUCAGCAUAAUCUCCUUUUUUUGUAUUAAAUCUUGUUUUCUGCUCUUUGUCCUCCAGCUGAGUCGUACACUGGAAAAGGGACAUACCUGAAGAGGAUCCGGUACCACGGCCGCGGCAUGUUCGGCAUCAUGGAUAAAGUUUACUGCCACUACUUUGUAAAACUGGUGGAGGGUUCACCGCCAAAAACAGAGGAGAGGACGAGCUUAGACCAGGCCAAGGAGUACGUCCAGGGCCUCAAGAACAGAACCAUCAUUCACGGCCUUUAGACAGAAGAAUAUUUCAUGUUCCUUUUACUGUAGGUCUGUGUGUGUUUGUGUCAGUGACAUUUGUAAAUAAACGUAUGACAGAGUGUGUGAAAA